UCACGUGAUCAUAAACGGCGGGAAAUAGACAGAGAAUAGACAACAACGUGAUAAGAGGCAGGCCGAAAAAAUUCCAGCAAAAUGACAACAGAAAUUGAUCAACGCUUAAUUGAGAUUCAGCGAGAAUAUUUAGACUUCCUCGACGAUGGGGAGGACCAAGGCAUCUACCAGCAAAAGGUCCGGGAUAUGAUCACAAACAACAACGUUAGACUUAAUGUAAACAUUAAUGAUCUUCGUAAAAAGAACCAAAAAAGAGCUCAAAGUCUGUUGAACGAUGCAUUUGAAGAACUGGUGGCGUUCCAAAGAGCACUGAAAGAAUUUGUUGCUUCUGCAGACCCUAUUUACAGCAAACAAAAUGACGAAUUCUUUGUUGGCUUUGAGGGAAGUUUUGGUGCCAAACAUGUGACCCCAAGGACACUGACGUCACGUUACCUUGGUAACAUGGUGUGUGUGGAAGGCAUAGUAACAAAGUGUUCCCUGAUCAGACCUAAGGUGGUGAGAAGUGUUCACUACUGCCCUAGCACCAAGAAAACCAUGGAACGUCGUUAUACUGAUAUGACCUCGCUUUCGGCUUUUCCCUCGUCUGCUGCCUACCCAACUAAGGAUGAAGAUGGAAACUUGUUAGAGACAGAAUAUGGGUUGUCUGUUUACAAAGAUCACCAGACAUUUAGUAUACAGGAAAUGCCCGAGAAGGCUCCAGCUGGACAGCUGCCGAGAUCAAUAGAUAUCGUAGCUGAUAAUGAUCUUGUGGACUGUUGUAAGCCUGGUGACAGGAUACAAGUGAUUGGCAUGUACAGAUGUCUGCCGGGAAAAAAGAACGGCUUCACGACGGGAACAUUCAGGACUAUAAUGAUCGCCAACAAUGCCCAGCUUUUGAGUAAGGAGGUGGCACCCAUGUUUUCUGCAGAUGAUGUUGCCAAGAUAAAGAAAUUCAGUCGACAGAAAAACACAGAUGUGUUUGAGGUUCUCGGUCGGUCAUUGGCGCCAUCAAUCCAUGGUCACGAGUACAUCAAAAAGGCUGUACUUUGUAUGCUGCUGGGUGGAAAUGAGAAAGUACUAGCUAACGGUACACGUAUCCGAGGAGACAUCAAUGUUCUGUUAAUCGGAGAUCCCUCGGUGGCAAAGUCACAGAUGCUGCGUUACGUUUUGCACACGGCACCAAGGGCCAUCCCUACUACAGGUCGAGGGUCGUCAGGUGUUGGUCUCACAGCCGCAGUGACUACAGAUCAGGAAUCAGGUGAGCGUCGGUUGGAGGCAGGUGCUAUGGUGUUAGCAGAUCGAGGUGUUGUCUGUAUUGAUGAAUUUGACAAGAUGUCUGACAUGGAUCGAACUGCUAUCCAUGAAGUGAUGGAACAGGGUCGUGUGACAAUUGCCAAGGCUGGUAUCCAUGCCAAGCUCAAUGCUAGAUGCAGUGUUCUAGCUGCUGCAAACCCAGUGUAUGGCAGAUAUGACCAAUACAAGACUCCCAUGGAAAACAUCGGGCUCCAGGACUCUCUUCUAUCUCGUUUUGAUCUUCUCUUUAUUGUUCUUGACAAGAUGGACCCAGAGCUUGACCGGUCAAUCUCUGAACAUGUUCUGAGAAUGCAUCGCUACAGAAUGGCAGGGGAACAAGACGGGGAUGCAUUACCCCUUGGGAGCUCUGUUAACCUCCUGGCCACCACAGACCCUGACCUUGACCGUGAAGAAGAGCAAGAAACACCCAUAUUUGAAAAACAUGACAAACUGUUGCAUGGAGCGAACAAAGGAAAAAGCCACCGUAUUGUGAGUAUGCAGUUUAUGAGGAAGUACAUCCAUGUAGCUAAGGCACUAAAGCCAAGUCUGACAAGAGAGGCCGCAGAUAUUCUUGCAGAUGAAUAUGCCAAACUCCGCAACCAAGACAACUUUCAAAAUGACAACAUCGCUAGGACCCAGCCCGUUACAGCCCGAGCCUUGGAAACAAUGAUUCGUCUGUCAACUGCCCAUGCGAAGGCGCGCUUGUCAAAGACGGUAGACCUGGAGGAUGCCCAGGCCUGUGUGGAGCUUGUUCAUUAUGCUUUCUUCAAAAAGGUGCUAGAAAAAACCAAAAAAAGGCAGAAGGGUGAGGAUACUGACGAUAGCAGUCAGGAUGAGGCUGCAGAUGAGGUGGAUGGAGAAGUGCCUACCAAGAAAAAACAGAGGAAGACGAAGGAAAUGCGGGCCAAGCGACCUGUCCGACAGGAAGGAGAAGAGGGUUAUGAUCCCUACGAUUUUGACGAGAGUGAGGCUACUGCCAGUGAGGAUGAUUCAGAAAUGACAGAGAGGAAGCCGAGAAAGAAGAGAACAAAAUCCCAAGACAGUGAUGCUGCCAUGGAUACAGACUCACAGCCGUCGUCUCAGAAAAAAGACAAAGUGGACGAAAAGAAGAUGAAGACCUUCCGAGCAGCCUUAUUCAAUUUGUUCAAAGCCGAGCAUGCCCAGUCAGUGUCCUUGGAUAAAGUGAAAGAACACGUUGCCAAGGAGUUUACGGCAGGCGACUUUUCUGAGGACAAUGUGUUUUCUGCUUUGGAACAAAUGAUGGAUGCAAACCAAGUGAUGCUGGCAGACGAUGUUGUGUUCUUAAUUUAGUGCAUACAUUCAGAGAUAUUGUGUUCUUUCAGAGAUCUUUUUGUCAUGACUUGCUGCGUACAAAUGCAAACACUCAGAGAUCUUGUUGUUUUGACUUGGUGAAUACAAGUGCGAACAUUCAGAGAUCUUGUCUUGACUUGGUGCAUACAAGUGCGAACAUUUAGACAUCUUCUUGUCUUGACUUGGUGCAUUCAAGUGGGAACAUUCAGAGAUCUGUUCUUAAUUUGGUGAGAUAGUCUUCCAUCAGUCUGAUUUAAUUCAGCCAAUCGGUGAGGAUGUAUAUAUAUACUGCAACCAAGAGACGGAAACCUGGACCUGUUCAUUCAUACAGGUUUCGUUAAAUCUUGACAGACUUUGUUAUUAAUACAGGGCUUGAAAACCUUGUCAAGGUUUACUAGAAAGUAAAAUCAAAUCACUGGGUUUAUCCUUAUUCCUUAAACAAUUCUGGUAAAAAUGAUCAAACUAUUUUGACCACAAAGAAAAGAAAAAAAAACUAAAAUGGCCCUGUGGCACAUUCGAAUAUUGAACCAUCAAUCCGAUAAGCUUUACCCAAUUUGGAGACAUUGAAGGAUGUCGCUGAUGUUGUAUUUAUAAUUUUGAAUGCAGUUAAAUUUGCUUUUGAAAACAUCUAGAGAUUUUCGCUUACUAAUUCUGAGAGUGAAAAUGUAUGUUUUUACUACUUCAGUUCAAAUCACAACUUAUGUGCUCUUCUCGGGACUUAAAGGGUAUGAACACAUUAAUCUCGGACAUUUUUAUAGUGCUGUUAAUAAUCAUUUGUUGAAAGUUGUAAUCAUCAUUAUGGAAGAGUAGACAAGGAUACAGUUGGACACGCUUUGGAAACUUUGUGUGCUGGGUUUAUCACGCCGUGAAUCAUUUUGAGGCGAGGUCUUCUUGUAGUAUUUGGUGACUACCUCGCUAAACUGAGCUAUCGUGGCCCCUGUAAUAUUUGUUGUCACUGCAGAUCUCGGCCAGUUGUAUGAUAGUCAUUAAUAUAUCUUGGAACAAUUUUACUAGCUCGGCUUAUAUUUAGCUGAUCCGAAAAUGGGAGGUCAAUGUAAUACACUGCAUAAUUUAUAUAUAUGUAUAAUCAUUAUUAUAAAUUAUGUCCUCACAAGCAACACGAACCCAUUUGGUCUCUGGAGAUUAAUAUACCUAAUGAAAUAUCACCAUUGAUUAUUGAAUGCAGAACAUGAUAUUAAGGGGUCAAUGGUGCUUGUUAAUAAUUUGUAAAUAUAACUUCAGAUCAAUUUGUGUAACCGGAUAGUCAAUCAUGAACAAAAAAUUACAUGAAAAAAUCUUGUUUUUGUAAAUUUUGAGAUGUCAUUUGAUAUAUUUAUCCUCAAAUAAGCCCACUCUUCAAGUGAAAAAAAGUUUAGUAUUAAAAUCUUGGGAGGAUUUAUUUGUGAAACGCUUUUCAGUGAAGAAAUGGGUUGUAGAGUGCAGCUUAUUUGUGGAUAAAUAUGGUUUACACUUAAAUCUGGUGUCUGUUGUAAAUAUUUGUGUUAUGAUUUUGUGAUGAGUCGUUAAUUGAUUAUUUUCCAAAACCAAUCGAAAUGCAAACAAUUUUAAUUAAUGGAUUAUGAAAUGUUAUUAUGGCCGAUAGUUAAUUAUGUGUAUCUUCUUGGCUUCUUGGUAAUCAUGUGUGACAAUAUUUGAUAAUUAUCAUAUUUCGAUUAUAACCCAUAUUGUUAUGGAAUCUCAACCACUUGCCAACACUCGUAUAUACACCUACUAAAGAAAUGGAGGAGGACAUUGUCUGGUCGUUUGAUAACAAUGUAUUUGGCCACACACCAUUAGGUACUCCUGCGUUUUGAAGCAGGUCACAUUGUACUGGGAAAAUUCAUUAUUUUUUUACAAAAUAAUGUAUCUAGAACGAAUAUAUAUGUAGGCCAUGUAAUUGAAUGUCUGAAACAAAAAAUAAAAUAAAAAAUCCCUUACUGAA